AUGAGAUUGACAUCGGAAGCCGUCUUGGCUACAUGUGCGGGUCUUUUCAUGACCUCGCAAGCCGCCAGUGUUAUCCCUCGCCAAUCAGUAGGCACAGACGCUUGCACUGAUAUUCAUAACCGUGUUCUUAAAAGUUCCGACCAUGGCUCAAAUGAGGUCAAAGUAUCGGGUGAACUAGCACUUGAAUGUCUCAAGUCAAUGCCAUUCGAAUCCAAACGUGCUGUCGCUUUUGUCCGGGAGAUUCGCAAAUGGAUUCAAUUCCAGUCAACGAUCGAAAUCUUGCAGAAGCCACCAGCCGAUUACCCGAUGCCCUCGACCGACUUACUUGGAAGACUUGAUGAUAUCCAGGAACAUGCUGCCGCUUCUAAAUAUACCAGCCACUACGAAUUCGAAGACGCUAUACAGAAGACGUUUGCGUCAGCACAUGAUGGACACUUAGGUAUCAAACUAUGUACCAGAAGCGCUUUCAAGGGUGGAUUUGUCUACGGUCCACCAUUGGUUUCAGUGUCCUCGAAUGGCACUGAAAUCCCUGAAAUCUAUGUGCAAAGCGAUGCUAAGCUUAAAACUUCUAUCGACGAUGCACUUGUCUCUCACGUAGUGUCCAUCAAUGGCGCCGACGUCGAUCAGUAUUUGACCAAAAUCACAGAAGGUGCCGGCCUUCAGGACUGGGAUUCAUUAUAUAACUUAGCCUUCACUUCGGAGGCCAUCAGUAUAGGUGUUGAGGGUGUUGAUGGCUAUGUUGCAGGGCAGUUUAGCAACUCCCCAGAGUGGAAUGGCGCGUACCAUGCCGUGCAUUUUGCCAAUGGUACUACGAACGUUUAUGAUGCCUACGUCAAAGUCGCGGAAUUUCCUUACAAGAAUGGGCGCGAUUUCUAUGAAAAGCUUUGCAUCCCAGCUCCACCGAGCUCGUCUGCGACACCCUCUGCGACCCCUUCUGUCACCCCGCCUGCAACCUCGUCUGCUCUCUGUCGGCGCCUUCCUUCUUACCCGGCCCCAUUCAACAAACACAAGUUGAACAAGAUCUUGGGAUUUUUCCCGGAGACUGGAGAGCUUAAAGAUACUGCUGUGUUGGCAAUUACAACCUUUCAGGUCCUUGAAGAUGACGUGGUUGAAUUUUCCAAUACUGCCAGGGACUUGUUGAAUAAUGCCACAGAGAAAGGCAAAAAGAACCUGAUAAUUGAUCUCUCUGGAAACGGAGGCGGCUUGGUUGCUGCUGGUCAAAAUUUGUUCAAGAUGAUCUUUCCCGAUAAAGAGAUAUACUCCGCAAACCGCUUCCGUGUUAGCGAGGCUACUGAAGUCAUAGCCGAAAUAUUCAACAAGCAAUCAGCUGAAAACGUGACAGGACAAGACUGGGACUGGCGAUCCAGAGUGAAGCCAGACCAGACAGGCUUCAAGUCCUUCGACGAGUUCUAUGGCCCUUACAAGACACUAGGUGUGAACUCUUCUGCCUUAACAUCUGUGAAUUUCACAGCGGUUUCUGAACAAGUCCCCAUGAACGGCUACGGCGAGCAAAAGCCUAACCCCGCCAAGGCUCCCUUUGCCCCCGAGGAUAUCAUUUUGCUCACAGAUGGCUACUGUGGCUCUACCUGCACUGUAUUUGCUGAGCUCAUGAAGCAACAGGGUGUCCGGAGAAUUGCGUUUGGCGGUCGCCCUAAAAAUGGCCCAAUGCAGGCUAUCGGCGGCGUUAGGGGCUCUCAAGUCCUUGAAGCGAGUGCGCAAACGCAAACUCUCGCCCAACUUGCUGUUUGGCUAAAAAAUGGAAAAUUUGACCCGGAGGUGCUUGAAGACUACAGACAAGUCAUUCCUCCAUCUUUGAGUGAAAUGUCCUACAAAAUUUCGGAGCUCGCUGUGAAUGAGUACAAUCAGUUUGGCCCCAAGAAUGAUCGUCUACCGCUCCAAUUCAAGUACGAAGCUGCGGAGUGUCGCCGCUUCUACCAGUACGAGAACUAUAUCCACCAGAAAACCACCUGGGCCUCUGCUUUUGACGCAAUGUUCAAUGGUGGGAGUGUGUUCCAGGUUCCACCAACGCCACUGGCAGCCUGUAUGCGAAGAAAGCUUCAACCAAGCAAUCUCUUUUGGCGGCGUUGUUAG